AUGUGUCACGAAGAUUUAUACGAUCCGACUUGAUAUCGAUUAAAUCAAUUUCGACGACAAUAUCCCGAUCGUCCACCACCUGGACGAGAUUGUCCGCCAAGAUAUAAUCGAACUCCACUUAGAUGCGACAUGAGUCUAUCACAAAAUAAACGAAUUUCUUCGUUUAAAUAUAAAUAUCAUCUAGAUGAAAAUUCAAAACGCCGUGAAGAACAAAGACAAAUAAUUAAAAAACGAUUAGAUAUUUUUAUGGAUCUUUUUAAUACAGAUUAUCCAAAUAAUCUUAGUGUUGAUAUCGAAAAUCAAUGUGAACUUAUAAAAUUUCUUGAUGUUGGUAUAAUAUUAAAAUAUUUAAUAAGAUUUUGUCGAAAUUUUUCUCCUCAGCUUAAAAAAAAUCAUACAUGUAAAACUCGAACAGUUGUUUCAAGUAUCCAACUGUUCAAGGCAUAG